CAUGCACAUCACGUGAUGCAGUACUCGUUCAUUCUGCAACCUUCCGCGACAGCAAGAUGAACAUCCUACCGCGACGUGUGCUCGACUGCAGCUUCGAUCAACUGCUCUCCCUGCGCACCACGGGGCGGUAUCUGUACGCUUCGCUAGCCGUGAACAUGCUCCUUCAAGCGGGGUUCAUGUCGUACAAGUUGGCAGAAACCAUGUACACAAACGAAUGGAGCGACAUGGGGUUUGCGGGUCUCGUGGCCAGCUAUACGAUGUGGAUAGUGAUCUCGACGGCCGGAGGACUAUUUGGCCUUUACUCGGCGCACCAGUUCGAUUCCACAACGGCGUUGUACUGCCUCUAUGCGUGGGUCGCGCUGGCGCUGUUUCAAACGGUCGAAGCGUUCGUUGCCAUGGUUUUUCUCGCGCCCGAUGUCCUGAACACGAUGGACGCGACCGAGUCGUUGCUGUGGAACACGGCAUCCCUCCUCGCGAUCGAAGUGUUUUUCAUUGGGUUCAUCGCUGCGUACAUCCAGCUGCUCGACUUGUGUGAACCUGGCAAGGCAUUGCAAGCACAAGAAGGGAAACAUCUCGUCGAGGAGGCCCUCCUGUCGCCCGUCGUGUCCAAUCACGUAACGCCGUACGGGACCGAGUCGGCGGCCUUUGCGAUUUAAACCUGCGAGUCCUCUCGAUGUACGUUGUCAGGGUUUUCGAAUGCAAUGGUGCCAUUGCUGGGAGACGUUGCAUCCU